CCCGCCACCACUCGCCAACGCUUUCAAGCCGUGUCCAGAAGUAGCGCAGCGUUCCGCCUAAAACGUUGCAGGGUGUAUUGUGCCUUUUGGUGCUCCCGAAACCAAUCGUUGUAGCGUUCACUGUAGUCGUGUGAGCCAUGCCUGCAAAUCGCGCGGCGGAAAACGCCCUCGGAACGAUCGGUACCAUUUGCUGGACCUUGCAACUUCUUCCGCAAAUAUGGUAUAGCUACCGGACGAAAUCCACAGAAGGACUGUCGGAGUGGCUCAUGUUUGCAUGGGGCAUGGCCGGCAUAUUCUUGGGAACGUAUUCGGUAGUUCAGAACCUGAACAUACCUCUGAUCUUGCAGCCGCAGCUGUUCGGCGUCCUUUCGUUCGUAUCGUGGGCGCAGUGCCAGUACUAUGGUCGUAAACGAUCAAAAGCCACAGCCAUUGCGAUGUACGUCGCAGCUGUAGCAAUAUUCGCCGGCUUCGAAGUCGGGAUGAUCUUCGCCAUCUUCCCGUCGUAUAGGGCAGGGAACAUGGCGCCCGUUCGGUUCUUCGGCAUAUUCAGCACGAUAUUGAUUUCUGGUGCGCUUCUCCCGCAGUACUACGAAAUAUACAAACACAAAGAAGUCAUCGGCAUCUCGCUCAUUUUCAUGAGCGUCGAUCUCUUGGGUGGCGUAUUCAAUGAUCUCUCGCUUGCAUUCAAGGACGAGUUCGACAUCGUGGCCGGAGUCACCUAUUCCCUCGUGGUGCUCCUCGACGGCAUCGUCAUUCUCUGCGCGUUUAUUCUCAACCCAUUGGCGCGGCGUCGUCGAAAGAGACUCGCCGCUGCUGAAAGCGCCGCCAGCGCGGACGUUGUACAGGCCCCGGUCGAGCCGAUAGGUGACCUCGCGAACGAAAAGCCUCCCGAAGUCUCUGUCUCACAGUCAGCGGGCUCCGGCACUGUCCACGACAAAGAAAAGUCUGCGGAAGUCCGAUGUAGGGAAGUUUAGAGUCGGGUUAGAAGAUACAGGGAUGGUGAUGUGUGGGGCCGGUUUCCUUGCAUCACGCUCAUAACUACAUUCACGCGUAUGGGAAAAGAAUAACGAUUACGUCUCUAACGAUGCUCAC